UACUUAGUAGUAUUCACCUCCAGAAUGGUCGGUCAAAAUGUUCCUCAGUUGAGAUUGGAAGAUAUCCUGACCACAAAACAAGUGGACAAAAUUAUAAAUAAGUUGCUGAAUAGUGGUCAAGAAUGGAGUGUAGUCAGCUCAGACGUCAGGCAGGCUGCGGACGGUCUUACUGGAUUUCUAGCAGACCAUUUAAGGGUGACGAUGCAUCUGAAGUCUGGAGAUCAAGAGGAGACUAUAAGGCUGUUCCUGAAGCGGCUCCCCGUCAACAAUCAGCCUAAAGCAGACUUUAUUAGCAGCAGUAACUAUUUCAAGCGAGAAAAAUUUGGCUGUCGACUUUUAGACGAAAUAAGGGUGAUGAAUGAUCCCCAUCCAUGGUGCCCUCAACCACUAGUGUACAGCGAUACUCUUAUUGUAAUGGACGACCUCAGCCCUCUGGGCUAUACAGUCCGCCCACAACUGGACACCUUGGACCUUCCACACGCACUCGCCACCGUCUCAUCCAUCGCUCGCUUCCACGCAGCCACCUCUAACUACGAGACCAGAAAACGCUUCACCGAUGACAAAGCCUGGACCUUCGCCAAAGAAUACCCACAAGUCUGCGACGAGCCAACAUACAAAGACUCCCCAUGGCUCCGUUGCGCAGCGAAACUAACCUAUAAUUUCCUCAAAAUAUUCUCCAAGAAAUACAACAGCAUUCCUAACCUAGAAUCAUUAUUAUUGAAGCGGUAUGUCGAGGCUUGCAACAGUCUUCAAGAGUACGAGGGUACGCUCAACACUUUGAUACAUAAGGACUUAUGGAUGAGUAACAUCAUGUUCCGUUAUGAAAAGGGCGCGCCAGUCAAUGCUGUCAUCAUAGACUAUCAACUGUUACGGUACGGCCCCCCAGCGUUCGACCUGAAUGUGUUUCUGUACCUCACGACUACGAGACAAUUCAGAGAGCAAUACGAGAAGAAGGUCCUGUCAUAUUAUUUUUCCGAAUUCAUCCGUAGUCUUGAGAACACCACCAAAGAAAGACUUGAAAUUUUAGGUUAUGACGAAGCGGAAUUUUUGAGAUGGUGCGAAAAGAGUAGGUUAUUCGGAGCGAUGAUGGCAAUAACAAACUUCCCGUAUGUACUCAUGGAUGCUAAGACUGCUCAGAAGGCGUUUGACGACCCGGAGACGUACGAAAAAUAUCGCGAUGUAGACAGGACAGAGCCCGUCGUGGCAUUCUGCUACAAAAACGAUGUUUACCGUGACAGGCAAAUCGAAAUCUCGGAGGAAUUCGUCGAACGUUUCGUGGAAAAUCCAUUAUUUGUUUAAUUUUUCUUUUUCAAGAUCCUGGUUUUCAAUCAGGUCACUGUUUAAAAGUAACUUAUUAAAAAACAUACAAUAGGCCGACAAGAAAAGUCAGAGACAGUGUUUUCAUUCAAAAAUACGUCAUUUUUACCCACGACGGAACGGACGGAUAUUUAUUUCAACGACACUUGUAACUCUCUUUGUAGACUUGCUAUAUAUAUAUUGUUAAUUAAAAGUGAAUAAAUAAAAAUAUGCCACGAUCGUAAGAUAAUAUGAGUGACAUAA